AUCGUGUUUGUUUUGGACCUAACGGAGUCAUGUAAGGAUCAUUGGGACGCAGAGAUUAAGUUUAUUGCGGAUAUUGCCAAGUACGUGAAAAAGGCGAGAACUGGAGUCAUUUCAAUCAGCUGCCCUUCGAAGAUCCUUCUCGAGAUGGGAGUCCAUUCAGGGAGUGAUAUACUAGAUAAAGUCAAAUCACCAGAGAGCCCGUCAACGGAGAAGGGAUCAACCCAAGCACUCGAAAUCGCCAAGACGCUUUUUGCUAGCGAGUCCAGAAACCACAAAUUCCUUAUUGUUAUAUCGGAAGUUAGGGAAUCAUCAUGCAAGGUGAACAAACCAAAAGGCAGCCAAAUCGACAAAGCACAGGAG